AUGGCGGACGACGGCCGCAGCGGGGAUGUGAUCGUGGAAAUGACGGCGGCCAUUCCAACACCGCCAGCUAGUGAUCAGGCAGCCACGCGGAGAAAAGGUGUCUGCAGAACCGUGCGUAUCACUGAAAAGCCCAGCCGUAUCCAAACACUUUGGCUUGUUUGUGCAGUCAAUGAGAUGGCUGAGAAGGCUUCAAGCUCUGUUAUUCUAGCCGGCAUGCCUCUUUUCCUGAUGCAACAAUUCUUGAUCAAGUUCGACCAAACAGCCACUAUCCUCUUCUUCUGGAACGCAGCCUCCAGUUUUACCCCGAUCAUAGGGGCACUCGCCUCGGAUUGCAUCGGACGAUUCCGUGUGAUCGCAACCAGCAGCUUGGCUGCUAUCUUGGGGAUUGUGGUGAUUACGUUGACGACUACGCGAGGCCUGCAGCUACGACCUUGCAAUCUAUACUUGGAUCUGCCGCCGGGAGAAUGCGACACGGGGCCGAUGACAUGGCAGCUGAUAGUUUUAUCUGUCUCGAUCUCAUUGUUCUGCAUCGGCAGUGGAGGGGUCCGGUCCUGUUCAUCGGCUUUUGCAGUCGAUCAACUGAAGAAAGAAGAUGAUGAUCCGGUUAGCAGCCAAAGGACACUUGAGAAGCUCAAUGGGUGGUACCAAACUGCAGUCGGGGCUGCAGUUAUGAUUCUGGUUUUUCUGAUGGGCCAAAUCAUUAACUGGGGCGCUCGGUACCUCAUUCUCACCAUACUUAUGGUUGUAUCCGCUAUGAUCUUUGUUUCGGGGAGUUAUGUUCAUGUGACUGACGACCACAGUUUGGUAAAAGUUGUUGCACGGAUCAUCUACGUGGCCUGGAAGAAGAGACGUCAUUCCAUUUCAAUCCCUUCCAACCGUUGGUUCCAUCACAAUAAACCCAGACGGAGACCAAUACUCACCGUUUGCCCCAGCCAACGCUUAAGCUUUCUAAACAAGGCCUGCUUGAUUGUCGAUCAAGAGGAAGUCAAUUCUUCUACCGGGUUGCCCAGAGAAGAAUGGAACCUCUGCAGUGUUCAAGAGGUGGAAGAGCUGAAAGCUCUGGUCAACACGAUCCCCAUCUGCUCGACUAUGAUCAUCGUUACGGUGGCCAACACAGCAGGGCCCUUUCCUACCGCACAAGCCAACUUGAUGGAUACUCGGUUGCUGGGAGGUCUCACAAUCCCAGUUCUAGCAUAUGGUGCAGUUAGUGUUGCAUCGAUGGCAAUCUGGGUAACGGGGUACAACCAUCUGCUGGUGCCCUGCAUAGCCAAGUUAUCUUCCAACCGUAUCCCCAACGGUAUUCCAUCUCGGUACCGUAUGGGAAUGGGGAUUCUAACAUGUUGCCUUGGGAAUUUUAUUGCUGGGUGGGUGGAGCACCGUCGUCGGGUGUAUGGAACUGAAAAUAUGUCGGCCAAUCUGUUGAUUCCGCAACUCUGUCUGGCGGGGCUAACUGAGGCAUUGUUCGGGUUGGGUUUGUUGGACUUUCUCAACGCUCGAUUCCCAUCUGGCUGCACCGGAGACCUGGUCUCAUCUAUGGGGCAGUGUCUUGGGAGCCUGGCGGGUGCUGCACUAUUUGCAGCGGUGAAGAGGUUUACUCGGGUAGCAACAAGUACCGCUGCCACUUCUACUGGCUUCGGUGAGGACAGCAGCAGCAGCUGGGUUGGGGACGAUGCCAACUCAAGUAAAUACGACCGCUAUUACUGGCUAUUAGCUGCAUUGAGUUUGCUGAACUUCAUCUAUUAUUUAAUCUGUUGCUUGAAAUACAAAGAUAUCCCGGUACCAGUUGCCGAGACCACAGCUGAAGACCAAGUACAGGUUACCGUUGAAGCAGACCAAGAAUCCAAUUCAACAUCGGAAUCAGUAGCUGAAUCAAAGGCAGAGGAGGAGGCCACAGCUGAAGCAGACAAGGAAUCCAAUUCUGCAUCAGCUGAAUCAAAGGCAGAGGAGGCCACAACUGAAGCAAACAAGGAAUCUGGUUCAACAUCAGAUGCCAUAGUUGAACCGAAAACAGAGGAGGCCACAGCUGAAACCCUAGUGCAGGCCACAACUGAAGCAAACGAGGAAUCUGGUUCAACAUCAGAUGCCAUAAUUGAACCGAAAACAGAGGAGGCCACAGUUGAAACCCAAGUGCAGGCCACAAAUGAAGCAAAGAAGACAUCUGAUUCAACAUCUGAAGGCAUGAACGUUGGAUGGCUGGAAGAAGGUGUUGCUUGCAGGAAAGAAUCUGAACAAGCA